AUGGAGCUGGUGGAUGUUUUACAUAUAAACUUCAGCAAUGAAUUUGCAGAGUUUGGGUUCUAUUCCAGACCAACGCACCUCAAGCGCAGCCACCACUCAUCUGUCAGUGGAGAGUUGCAAGCUGAUCGUAUCAGCCGAGGAGGGCGUGGUAAGAGUCACCACGCUCAGAAGCGGAAACUCGGCCCCUGCGCGCCAGCCCCGCCCCAGACCCCGCCCCCGCGAUCCCGGCCCCGCCCCGUCCCGCCACCCGGGCUCGGCGUGCGUCUUCCCCUCCGAACGCGGUUCCCGCGCCCUAUUUGGUCAUUCGGGGGGCAGGCGCGGGAGGGAAGUCGCGUGCGGCGGAAGGGAACGCGGAGCGGGCGCCGGGAGUUCGGAGAAGCCACCCUCUCUUGCCGCCACCUCGGUUCGGGACUCACGCGGCCGCCACGUCCUGCCCUCGGAACAAUGAGACUCGGCGCGCGAGGAGUCUGGGCCGCGCUGCUCCUGGGGGCGCUGCAGGUGCUAGCGCUGCUGGGGACCGCCGUGGACAGCUCAGGGUCGGCGGAGUCUACAAGCCAAAACAGUUCUGUGGGUCAACAAAACUCCGGUGCCAAUUCAUCAGGGAAUCCCCAACAAGUGCUAUCCAGCGAUAAAAACCCAUCCUGCAACAACACUGUGAAACUGUCAACAACUGCAGUUUCCUCAGUCUCAAGCAACGUAUCAGUUACCACCUCGAAACCCAAAGUAACAUCUCACACGUCAGCAAUUACAACUUCCACCACCGUAAAGCCUGCCCCCAACAGAACAAGUAUUUCACAAAGCACAUCUCAGAUGUUAACAUCCACAAUGACCACCACCCACAAUAGUUCGGUGACAUCUGCUUCUUCAUCAGUAACAACGAGUAUUAAUUUUAAAGAAAAUAAAGGAUCAAAAUUUGAUACUGGCAGCUUUGUUGGUGGUAUUGUAUUAACACUGGGAGUUCUAUCUAUUCUUUACAUUGGAUGCAAAACAUAUUAUUCCAGAAGAGGCAUUCGAUAUAGAACCAUUGAUGAACAUGAUGCCAUCAUUUAAGGAAAUCCAAGGACCAAGGAAAGAAGAAAGAUUGAUGCAGCCCUAUCAAUUAAUUUUGGUUUAUUUUUAGCUUAAAUAUUCUCUUCUUGGAACUUGUAGAAACAGGCCAUGCGUAUAAUGAUUCAGUGUAUUAUAUAAAUCUGUAAAGAAUCCUCUUGCUUACUAAAAGUAAAGGGAGUUUGGUGUGGGUUUUUUUAAUGAACAUUUGGAGCUGGCAAACAAUUAAUGCGAUUAUAUUCACUUUUCGCACACAUAUAGUAAAGACAAGCAAGCCCUCUCCCAUUUUCUUGUGGCAUUGGUCAUCUAGGGCCAGUAUUGGAAGACAGCAUCACUUAAAGGCAGGAUGCCAUCUGGGCAUACAAAUAAGGAGCUUGUCACAGUACUCAGGAUUUUGCGUGCUUUUGUUGCUCACGCAAAGAACUUCAGUGCUGAGUAUAUCCUAGUUACUAAUGCCACACAGCUGAAAUUAUACAAUUGAGUAAACCAGGUCCUAAAUGUAAUUUUAGUUUAAGUGUCUCUUCAAAAAGCAUCAUUUUAUGUGUUUUAAAGUGUACUCGUUGGUUUAGAAACUAACACACAUCUAAAAACAAAUCUUCAAAUUAACCCAGAAACAAUACCUGGCUUAGCCGUGUUAGAGAUCCAUUGGAGCACUGGAUAGACGGUAUUUUUAUUAACUUCUUUUGAACUUUCAGUGUAAGCUGAUAUAAAUUUCUCUUUGGCUUUUUGCUGUAAAAUUUCAACAAAUUGUAAUGUUUAACAUGACAGUGUUUUAAAGACUUAGUUGCUAGUGUUAAGUAACCUGGCAUUAUAGGAAAGAACUCCUAGAAGGUAGAAUAUUUGCUAUUGUUAAGAAUGUUGUCGCCACUGGAAAUUGCAUUUAUUUCACAUUCACUUGUUAAUGUUAAUUUUGUAUUUAGUGAAUAUUUUUAAGAGGUGUAGAGCUGCUUUCAAUAUUUAGAAAUGUCUAAUGGAGUGUAAACACAACUUAAAAAAUCUUUUACAUGGUUUCCAAAACAACAUUGAACUCUUUAUAGUUGAAACUAUAGAUUAAUGCUGUGUUUAUCAAGCCAGGGAUUAUGGGGUCCGCCGCAGACUACUAAAAGCUUCAGGAUGAAAAUGUAGCUUUUUCAUGCAGUGUCAAUUUUACUUAAAGAUUUGGGGAAAAGGCAUUUUUAUACUAAAACAAACAAAAAUGUAUUUUGGAAUAAAUUCUUAUUGACGUUUUAAAAGAGGAAUUUUUAAGACAGGGAAUUUCCUACUUCCUUAUUUGGGCAUUCCCCCCGACUAUUCCUCUUCCUCUGCUGAAGGGGAGGAGAAAAAGCACAGUAUUGUAGGGGCACCAGCAUUAGCCAGUGUAUUCUGGAGUGUUUUCAGUUUUACAGUUUAUAUCCCAGCACUUAAAACUCAGGGUCAGGUUUUGACAAAAGAGGUAUUUAGUUACACUAAAUACUAAGAUAGGACCCCUAUCUUAGAUGGCCAAAGUAAAUUGCACCAAUACCUGAUAGCCUAAAAAUAAGCUAAGAUGUCCUACUGAACAUACACUUGCAUUUAACAGGGAUAAAAUAUAACUUUUGUGAUCGGCUUGAAUUUGCAGAGAAUGCCAGAUUAUCAAGAAUUUGGACAUAAAGGGAUCAUUUUUAUUUGCUGUGCAUUAUGGCAAAUUGAUGUGAUCAAUAUGGAUGAUAAAUAUUAUCCAAAAUAUGGAUAAGAUCUAUAUAGUGCAUGCAGUGUAGCAGAAAUUUUAUGAAACACGUGUUUAGAUUAGUUUGAAAAGAGAUGUGGGAUCAUAGGUUGAGUUGCAUGUUACUAACUUGGCCCUAAACUGGUCAUUCAGUCACUGCUUUCAUUCCUUUGCAAAUAUAGUUAAGAUAUAUUUUAUAGUAAUAGGGGCCUUUUAAAUCUACCUUUUUUCUAACUAAAAAAAAUUGUUUUAUCUCCUGCAUCCUUGAUAUUUCCGUACUUCAAGUCAGUCAGAACUUUGUGGACAGGCCUGAAGUUUUCCUUGAAUAUUUGUUUCUUUAGCACUUUGAAGAUGUAAGACCACUUUUUGAGUACUAAAUGUCCAUUGUUUGCCUUGCAAGUUUCCUCAGCUUUGGUUUGAAAUAAUUUAGUUAUGUCUUUUCUCUGUACAGAAAUACUAGAAUUUGUUAAUUUUAAAUACUAGUACUUUCAAUGCAGUCAGUUUUUUGUUAUCUGCAAAAAAGAGGGAAACGAUGAUGUGAAACACUUAUUUCGCUUUGGAACACAUUUCUUAAGCAUAGAUUUAUCUUCCUGGUUAUGUUUACUUUAACAAAUUUUUUGUUUGUAUUUCUCAAGAAUGUAUUUACUUAAAAGUAAAAGCAAUCCAAACGUAUGUCUAAAUAUUAGGCAGAAACCAAUCUCGAAUUUUAAAAUUUCCUUGAUAAUCCAUAAAAUGCGUUGAAACACAGACAAAUGAGAGUUGGCAGUACAUUAGUGAUAAUUUUGUAAUUAUUGGGAAAAAAUUUUAAAGCAAAUUCCUGUUACAUUUUUUUCUUAUAGUGACCAACUUCUGGUAUUUCAUUGUUACUGAGAUCUAUUUUUAGAAUAAAAUUUUGUUCUCCAUCUGA